GUACCGGAAGUGCUGAUUUGUUUUUAAUGAGGGUAUAUUGUUAACGUGUUUGAUAUUUAGUACCGUUGCAUUUUUUAUUAAGCAUAAUGAAUUCUGUUUUAGUUGAUGCUCUUUUACUGCAGUGCCGCGACCCAUGCGCUCUGCUCGAGAUUUUAAGCUGGGAUUCAAAAUGUGACAGUAUACCAGAAAGAGAGACCGUGGACGCUUUGCAUCUUGCUAUCAAAAAAGUAAGGAGCCUGCAGCAGCAGCAGGAGUUCGAAGUAGGGGACAAAGUGGGUGAUAACCUCACAGUAAAGGAUAGACCUUUUCGUAAGAAGCUGGAGGAUAUCGUUUGCAGUCGAUGUUUGCCGCUGUUGAGUAAACUUUGUUAUACGGAGGAGCAGAACAGUGGUGCUCUUAGUAGAAAUGCCGGUCUGAUGCGCGCUCUCUGUGACUUAAUCAGCUGCUGCGCCGACCUGUGUGGGAAUGAUCUAACUGAAAAACUCGCCACUGUGGCUGUACCUGUGCUCCUGUCAUCCGGCGAUAACGAGAGUCUGGAAGUGACAAGCGGCUGCCACUUUGAUACAGACACAGCUAUUGAGGUGAUAGCCUGUACACUACCAUUCCUGCGUCCCGAGCAGAUUCAUGUGGUGGACAAGGUGAAAAGCGCAGCUGUCGCUUGCAUAAAGACACGCGAGGACGCAGUCGUGUCAAAAGUUGUGGUAAAGCUACUGUUUUCUCUGUUAAAUAACAGUCAUUUGAAGAAGUCAGGCGUAAUCCAUGGGAUCUGGGAGGAUUUAAACGCGUGGCAGGCGGUAGAUAACAGCCCAGCAGCCACAACACGCAUUUUGCUUUGUCUGACUGCACUUUCUGACUACCUGCUUCCCAGUGCAGACACAGAUGGAACAGAAAGCAUUGACCUGCGUGCUUCCGAAGGGUUCUGGGAGGUGGUGCAGAAAGGGUUAACGCAUAGGGAUAACGUGUCGCGAAAAAGGGCUUUGUAUUUGCUGAAGAGAUCUGUAGCGGUUUCAGAGGAGAUGAAAAGUGCCUUCCAGAGUUGCCAAGAAACUGAUAAUGCUGUCAGCCUGUUCUGGUGGUCCCCAGAGAGGAAUCGUCCGAUUGUGGACUUUUGGGAAGAUUACAUGCUGAUAAUGGAGACCUUGGAUGAAACCCAAAUUCAUAUUGUGAUGCCUGUUUUGCACAAGAUAAACAAACUAAUUGAGGCAACUAUUUCAGAAAGCCAAGAUUGCCCAAUCUUCCAUAUCUCCUGGCUCAUCUGUAUGUACAGAAGGAUGUUUGAUAGUGAAAACAAAGCAGUGAUGAAGGAAGGCGUCUUGCAUCUUUUGGAUCUUCACGUGAUGAAAUAUCCUGUGUUUUCACAAGGGUUUGCUGAGUUCAUUGUCGGCCCAUUCAUGGAUAUUCUUUCUGAAAGCACACUGUUUAACAGGUCUGCUGACCAGGCGAUUGGGAGCUGCCCUGAAAUCGGUGUGAAGCUGCAAACAUUUUUAGUAACAUUUAUCUCCAGUUUGCCAGAAGACGACAAAGGGAAGUUUUUGCUGCAGAUGGUUGAAAACCUGGCCAAUAGGCAUUGGUGUGCUGUGCCUAUUCUUUUCAUCUCUCAAGCAUUGGCACAGGUUACUGGCUGCAGAGCCUUUGGGGUGGAAGGCCUGCACGCUCUUAGAGAAGUUUUGCGUUCCACUAUGAUCACACAUCAAGUCCUGAUGAGGGGAGCAGCCCAGUGUUACCUUCUCCAGACUGCUUUGAACUUGACAGAUGUGCAAAUGGUAACCCUUGAAGAUGUUGCAAACUUCAUACAGCAUUUUAAAACAGACGAGUCUUUAAGUAGAGGAACUCUAAUCUGGACUCAGCUUUGUGAUUGGCUGCGUGUCAAUGACAGUGUUUUCAAACCUGUGCAAGGUGUAUCUGUCUCUCAGCCAGGCAGGCCUGCAGUGAGUGUGUAUGUACAGCACCUUGUGGAGGCGUACAUGAAGGUUCCUGCGGGAGAAGGAAACAGCUGCUUUAUGCCAGAUUGGUUUGAAGCUGAGCUUGUUGCUAAAAUGGUUCUUUUGGCUUCUGAUGUGGAGGAGAAACAGAGGCUGGAGAGUGAAACACAUAAACCGAAGCAGAAAGGACUGGAGCAUCUUUUACACCCUCUUCUUGACGCUCUGCGGAGACUCGGCACUAAUGUCUACCUGCCUGUCCUGAAGACUGACAAGAGCCUGCAGCUUCUCUUCAAACUGCUACACAUCUCGCACACUAGCAGCAGCCCCAAGCGCCAUGAUACUGUCUUAACUAUUUUGCAAGAUUCCAUACUUUCCACCACUGAUGAGGUUCUGGAAUAUAUUCUUCGGAGGCUCACCAGUGAGUUGUGUUUGCUUUCAGACCUGGACCGCUGCUGUUUGUAUAUGUCCGUCUUGCGCGAGCUGGUGAAGCUGUACUCUGUGGUGGGCUGGAGAAGGGGAUCCCGCCUCUGGAGUUUCAUUAAAUCAUUAACAAAGAACUCUCUUCUGAACCUCCAAGCAAACAGCACUGAGCAGGACCCACAGCUAGUGACACAAGUUCAGAAAGUCGUCAGCAUGUCCUCUUUGGCCUGGGUGUGUGAGGUUGCCAGUCACAACACAGAGCUACAGAUAGACUCGACUGAUGCUGUCAAAGCAAUAAUAAACUACAUCUCAUCUGCAAAGCUAAACCAAACAUUAAUGAAGCCUGCAGCCUGUGUGGAGAGUCAGUGUCCAGAAGAUGGCGCCACAUUACAAGGCUGGGGCAGAGUGGCAGCGCAGCAUGUGCACGAUCAGUGGGCCUGUUUGCAUUUUGUAUUGAACAAAUGUGCCAAACUCCUGCCUUCGUUGUCAGGCAGCCAAGCGGACGGAGAUCUGAAGAAUUCCAUGCCUGCUAUUUCCUGCCCCUCUAUGACUCUGCAGUGUGCAGUGGAAGCCCUGACUAUCUUGCCCUCUGACCAGGUCCUUCCUGUGUUGUCUUGCAUGAAGAUACUUGUUCCAAAGAUUUGGAGCUCAGACGCAUCACUGUGUGUUGAAUCUAUGAACCUGGCUUGGAAAGUUGUCAAAGACCUUAACAACAAUCCACAGGACUUUUGGACAACCCUUGAAGCUUUCAUCCAAUUUGUCUUUGAUGCCAACCUCCUUCGUAUCACUACCGAAGAUUCAUGCCUUAUUACUACAAAAGUGAAAGAGAUAGCUUCUAAAUUAAUCGACAUGUCUCACACAAAGACAGGAGUCUUUAACACACUGAUGAAACACUGCUGUCAGACGUGGAUGCCCUCUGUUUGUGACGGAGAUGGUCCUGUUGAUGAUCCAUUCACAAGUGCUCUAAAUCAUAUGGAGCUUUUCACUGAGGCUUGUGUUUAUGGACCUGUUUUCAGGAGAGACCAACGGUUAAUUCAAGAUGUGCAUGCUUUCAUCCAGCAGCUUGGAGAACACUGUGCUGCAAAUUUAGCUAUAACAAGUGAUAACCGAGAUGACCAAUAUCCACGGGUCUGUGCCAUUAACUUCUUGUGCCACUUGGAUCCAUUAAACCAGCUGCAUAAAACAUUCAUGGAACAGCUUGCUCUCAGACUGCUUAAAAAGGAUGAAGAGGUGGGUAAAUCUAAAGUGCGAUACUACACAAAUUCUCUUCAACACAGAGUCAAGAACAGACUGUGGCAAACGCUCCUUGUUCUUCUUCCAAAACUUGAAAAGACGUUUGUUAUGGGAAUCCUUGACAAGGUGUACCAGGCUGGGUUCUGUAACAACCAGGCAUCUGUGAAGUACCUGAUCGAGUGGUUUCUCAUGCUGACUCUCUGCUACUACCCCGAGCAGCUUCACACUUUCUGGGACUGCUUCCGUUACGAUCAAGACAAGUCUAAAACCAGCAUCUGCACAUUUCUUUCUGUUUUAACACACUUUGAUAUCCUGCUUGAUAAUGUCAUUGACAAGAGGACACACCUGAAGAAGGCUCUGGAUGUCAUUCUGCUCUGGUGUUUCAAUCACAAUUUUGCGGUUCGGCUGUACGCCUUGUUGGCUCUGAAAAAGGUCUGGAAUGUGUGCAGAACAACUUGCUCUGAAGAUGUGGAGUUUAAAGUUUUGGCACCAGUUAUAGAGGCGUGUCUGCAACAAGUGGAACACAUGCAGGGUUCAGGAAAUGCUAUGAAGAAUUGGCAGAGAAUUCAAGAACAUUUCUUUUUUGGGACAUUUCAUCCACUUAAGGACUACAGUAUAGAGACAAUAUUCUACACCUUUCCCAGCCUGUCGGAACUUGCGGGCAAUGAAUGGAUUCCAUUGUGGAAGUUUUCGGAACUAGUGGAAUUUCCCACUGACUCAUCAGUGUCAUUGAAUAAUCCUCGGAAAGAGCUUGGCAACCUGGAAACAGGAGAUUGGGUUCAGCAGGACAAAGGGGAGUGUGAGUAUGAAUCCCAGUGGAUAGACGUGCAGAAGAAGAUAAUCCCCUGGAAGAACAGCAUCCCCGAUCAGGACCUGGAGCUCCUGUACCAGGAACGGGCUGCCAGGCUGGGGAAGUUCAGCAACGCUCUCAUUGUAGUGGCUUCGCUGAUCGACAAACCAACUAACCUGGGAGGUUUAUGUCGAACAUGUGAAAUCUUCGGGGCUUCUGCUUUGGUUGUCAGUGGCCUGCAUUAUGUAAAUGAUAAGCAGUUCCAGUCUCUCAGUGUUUCAUCUGAACGUUGGCUUCCCCUUGUGGAGGUAAAACCACCUCAGCUGAUUAACUAUCUACAGCAGAAGACAGCAGAAGGCUACACUGUCGUAGGUGUGGAACAGACAGCUAACAGCCAGAGUCUCACAGAGUAUAGCUUUCCUGAGAAAACGUUACUGUUGCUUGGUAAUGAGCGUGAAGGGAUCCCGGCGAACCUGCUGCAGCACCUGGCUGUGUGCGUGGAAAUCCCUCAGCACGGCGUCACGCGAUCUCUCAACGUCCAUGUGAGCGGCGCUCUGCUCAUCUGGGAGUACACGCACCAGCAAAUGAACAGGCACAAGAAAACCAUGUGAUCCAAGCACUUCUGUGCCAAAGACCUGUUGGCUUGUAAUUGUUUUUAUACUGUAAUAUUUAAAUAAAGGAUGCAUUUUAUUUUC